CAGCUCCGCGCCGUCUCUCUCCCCACAUACACACAUACGAGCCAAUCAGGCGCGCAAUAACAGCCGACACGUAUGCUGAGCGAGCGCGCACAGCGGAGAAGCGCCUGGCACACCGGACCGCAGCGCGACGCAGCCAAACCGCUGUCUGUCAUUAGCUGAGAGUGUGACAGAGGACAGACAGAGGGGAGAGAGGAGCAGGAGGGAGGAGUGAGCGGUCCCGGUACACAGACACACCGGCCUGAGAGGACAGAAAGACAAGAAGGAGAGCACCGGACCCCGUGAGAGAGAGAGAGAGAGCGUGUGUGAGAGAGGAAGAGAGUGGGAGACUGACAGGCGUUACCGAACCGAGGCGUCGACAUGAGCGGUCAGUUUGAGGAAGAUAUCCACGACCGGGCCGAGAGGAAGAGCAGUAAAUCCCCAACGCUGCUCUCCUCUUACUGCAUAGACAGCAUUCUGGGCCGCCGGAGUCCCUGUAAGGUCAGACUGAUCGGGGCGCAAAGUUUGACGGGUCUGCCCGGCAGAGGGGAGCUCGACAAGGCGGCGGACGGGCCAACGAAGGAGCCCCUUUCUCUCAGCGCUGACAUGCACCUGCCUCCCAAGCUCCGCCGGCUGUACGGACCCGGAGGAAAGUACCUCCACGACCACGCAGAUAAGCUGGACAGAGAGAGGCUCCUCCUGGAACAAGCCAGCGACUGCCUCAAAAUCAGCCAAGCGCCGCAGGUGAGCAUCAGCCGCAGCAAGUCCUACCGGGAGAACGCGUCGCUGAGCCGGGGAGAGGACGACCAGAGCCCCGGGGAGGCCUCGGAGGACGGCAGCCUGGGACUGGUGGAGCUCGGCCCGCUGAAGUUCGAGGAGGACGCGGGGAAGGAGGAGGAGAGCUGCGGGGACACGGCGACGCUGUCCCCGAAGGACGAGGAGAGGGAGAGCUUGAACGCCGGGGAUGGGGACGUGAGGGACGGGGAGGACAGCGUGUGUCUGUCGGCGGGCAGUGACUCGGAGGAAGGGAUGCUGAAACGCAAGCAGAGAAGAUACAGGACUACGUUCACCAGUUAUCAGCUGGAGGAGCUGGAGAGGGCUUUCCAGAAGACACACUACCCCGACGUCUUCACCAGAGAGGAGCUCGCAAUGCGCCUGGAUCUAACCGAGGCCCGCGUUCAAGUUUGGUUCCAGAACCGCAGAGCCAAGUGGAGGAAGCGUGAGAAGGCCGGGGUGCAGGCCCACCCGUCCGGCCUGCCAUUCCCAGGCCCGCUUGCGGCGGGCCAUCCUCUCAGCCACUACCUGGAGGGAGGCCCCUUCCCUCCUCACCCCCAUCCCGCCCUGGAGUCUGCCUGGACGGCUGCUGCAGCCGCGGCCGCUGCCUUCCCGGGCCUGGCCCCACCGCCUCACAACGGCUCGGCUCCACCGCUGGCCACCCCGCUCGGCCUGGGCACCUUCCUGGGCACGGCCGCCAUGUUUCGCCACCCUGCCUUUAUCGGACCCACUUUUGGCAGGCUCUUCUCCAGUAUGGGUCCUCUGACCAGUGCUUCCACGGCUGCAGCCCUCCUCCGUCAGCCCGCACCUCCGGUAGAGAACCCCUCCCAUGCGGGCCCCGUCCUCCCCGACCCUUCCUCCUCUUCCUCCUCCUCCUCUUCCUCCUCUUCAGCCGCGGCAGACCGCAGGGCCUCCAGCAUCGCCGCGCUGCGCCUCAAGGCCAAGGAACACUCUGCUCAGCUCACUCAGCUUAACAUCCUGCCCACCGGAGCCGCAGGGAAGGAGGUGUGCUGAACACUCAACACCAGGCCUCCCCUGUUCUCCUACCCCCACCCCUCUGCACCUCACCCCAGGGCUCACAUCCCAUUCCAAUACAUCCCUCUCUCUCUCUCUCCCCCCCAAAAAAACCCCCCACUCAUACCUCUGGAGGCCGAUGUCCUGAUGUACCCCUGUUCAACCAUCCCUGUUACCUCACAUUUCCCCAACAAAAUAGCACGACCAAAUUCAGAGGAGCACUGGUUAUAUAAAAAAAGUGUUUGUGUGUGUGUGUGUGUGUGUGUGUGCAGAUCGUUUUAGACUAAAUACACACAUUUUCAUCAAUUGCAGUCCAUUAAAUUUAAUAAUUUACAGGUUUUCCCACUUAGGAACAACUGAAAUACUAUAAGAUGGAGGCUGAAAGAUUUAUGUGGCUUUUCUGUAAAGGAUUUAUAAAUGUAAAUCUACAGAAAAGUGUUGAUGUGUUGCAAAAAGCACAUUCCACACAUCACCGUACACCUCCUCGAGUAGAAAAUACUCUAACUUUUGCUAAAGACGAUUACUUAAAUUUCCACUUUACUACAUUUCCGAGGCAAUUAUUUUACCUUUUAUUUGACUACAUUAUCUAUCACCAAUUUUUAAAAAUGAAGAUUUUAAAUACAGAACACCUCAAGGAGCUCAGAAAAAAAGUUCGUAUGGAGGAAACUAAUCAACAGCAUUUCCAACAGUUAAAAAUCCAAUUAUGACAACUGCUUUCCAUCAUAAUUAAUUUCGAGGCUUCUUUUCUGCGCUGACUGCAUUCACAAUUUCAGUAUAUUUUGCUCUUAACGCUUCUCAAGUCAUAUUUAAGAGCUGAGCUUUGUCUGAAACAGUGAUUUGAAUCUCUCACACACACAAACACUCAUGCAGUGAAAGCUGGAGAACCGCAGGGGAACUUUUAGAAAGGAUUCUUGUGCUACUUAAAAUGUGGACAACACGAGUGCUCGACAUUAACACUGCUUAAUCUGUAUGCAUUGAUGUGGGCUGAGCCGGUCUGCGUCUAUAACAAAGGCGAGUUGGAGGAGGUCCCCCCCCCUGAACCAAAGGAAAACUGUCCAUAGACCUUCCAUAGCCUUCUCUGCAAGCCUGUCUCAUCUCCACUGCUUCCUGUCCAGCAGUCACCCUCAGCUGCACCACUGCACAAAUAUAUAUAUAUUUAAAAAUGUCCAGAUCAGAGCAGAGUUAUUCGAGAUUGUUUGAAUCCGCAUCAGAUUUCUGUACAUUUCCUACAAUCUGCCAUUUUCUUUCCCCUCCCUCCUCUUUUUUCCUCUUUGAUUAUUAUCACAGCAGUGGCCCUUCAGCUGAAUCUGACUCCUGGACACGCGAGCAACGCUGAGAUCUGAGACAUGUCUGACUGUGUGAAAGGAAAAAAAAAACUGUACAUAUUGUGUAAAAAAGGAGGAGGAAAAAAGUACGACGACGACAACAAAAAAAAGGAUGAUUUUCAAAACAAGGUCGUGUAUAUUUCAAGAGGCCGUGUUUUGAUAAUUUGCACUCGGUGUAGUGUUUAAUGAAUGUGUAGAAUUUCACCUGUGUUUAUGAAUUAUUAGGUUUUUAGAUAAUUAUUUAUGUCAACAAAAAACUUUUUUUCCCCAGAAGAAAUGAGUGAAGGACAGUUCUCUUUUUUUCUUAUUAAGUGAUUGUAAGUUUCCUGGUUUAAUAAUGCUAAUUUGAAUAAAUUACAUUGGUAAAAUGAGUUAUCUUUUAUUAUUUCAAAUUCCUUUAGGACUGACAUAGGCCUAAAACCAGGAAAAAUAAACAAUGCGAAAUAGAAUAUUAUAGAACUAUUAAUAAAAGGUGUUAUGGAAAAAACAAA